UACGACAUCACGUACACACGUUACUAAUUUUUCUAACGCUAUUUAUUACGAUUCACUGCAAAUCAACUGCUCAUUCAUAAAACAACCUAGUCUCCGCGUAGUUAUUGAUUCACCAAGACACACUCAAGCGUCUUACAAUAAUAUUGAUCAUUCGUUCCUUCAUAAAUUACAAGCUCGGAGCACAAACGGAAGAGAUCAAUCAUCAAGAGAAUACGUUUGACCGCAAGCCACAAUGAAUGCCCUAAAGAGCGGCGAUAAUGUGCUAGUUAUUUGGAAAGGCAGCGAACAGAACGAGCUGAGCAAAAUAGUGGCCGAUAUUCGAAGUGCGACCAACAAUGGAAAUGUCGUUCUCGAAAACUCGGAAAUGAUUACUGAAACUUCAAGGCCACAGUCAUCCUUCAAUGUCAUACUCUCAAACAUCGUCCCUCCACACUCCAUCACCCACAAUGACAGUCUCCUGGCAACCCUGAUCAAGCUCCUCAAGCCCAGCGGCAAAUUGGUGGCCAAGGAUGCAUCUGACCUCAGCACAGCAUUGAAACUAAAUGGGUUCCUCAAUGUCACACAAGCUGAUGGUGUCUACACAGCGGAGAAGCCUAAAUUUGAGGUCGGAUCAAAAGCACAACUGAAACUAGGCAGCAAGCCAGCAGUAUGGAAACUGGAUGACACAGUGGAGGCGGCCUGGACGGGGGGCAAUGAUGAUGACAUCAUUGACUCCGACCAACUGCUGGACGAGGAUGAUCUCAAGAAACCUGAUAAAGAAUCACUCAGAGUGUGUGCCACAACGGGCAAGCGGAAGGCGUGUGCGGAUUGCUCGUGCGGUUUGGCUGAGGAACUCAAUGGACAGGUCAAGGAGACUCCAAAGUCUUCUUGUGGAAGCUGUUACCUUGGCGACGCGUUCCGCUGCGCGACGUGCCCGUACCUCGGCAUGCCGGCCUUCAAGCCCGGCGAGAAAGUGCUGCUGGACCUUAAGUCCGACAUCUGAAGAUAGUAUUGUUGUGAUUAUUGAUAAUAAACUCUUUGUAAGUACU